UUUUGCCAUCGAUUGUUUGCCAGCUCUUGUGUGAGGAGGUGUCAAAAAGCAGCGUCACAAAAAAAGACGAGGGCUUCAAUUCAAGAUAUUUGCCUGGAAAAUAGGUAAAAAUCCAUAUAUUGGACUAUUCUCGAAGCGUUGUCGUAAAUUUAAUCACUUUUACUAGGAAAAGAAACAAACAGAGACCAUGGCCGACUCGGAUGAUGAGUACGAUCGCAAGCGCCGUGACAAAUUCCGUGGAGAACGCAGCUCGGGCGACAGUUACCGUUCCGAGAGACGUGAUGAUCGAAGAACUGGUGCUGGCAGUGCAGGUGGCGGACGUGAUGAUUGGCCAGAACGAGGUAAUCCAUUUAGAGGAGGAGCUAGUGGUCGACCAAGGCCCGACUACCGCGACUAUCGUGGGGCAAGAGAUCGUUAUUCCCCUGACAGAGAAAUGCCACCGGCAAAACGCAUGAGACCCGGUUGGGGCGAUGAUCUGAGGGCUAAUCACAGAUAUGGACCAUAUGAUCCAUAUUUACUGCAUGCCUGGAAUGAACACUACGCUGCUCACAGUUUACACAGUGCUUAUGGCGCUGGCCUAUCUCAUGGCGCCCAUCCCCGAGAGUCUGCUGCCAACAGUGAUAUGCAAACACAGCCUGCCAUGAUGACUCUGAAACAAUUUUUAGACACACAAGACGAUGGCAUCUCUGAUACCGAGGUCCUGCGUAAAUACAAUGAAUACAAACUGGAAUUCAAGCGGCAACAGUUGAAUGAAUUCUUUGUAGCCCAUAAAGACGAGGAAUGGUUCAAGAAUAAAUAUCACCCAGUGGAUAGCGUUAAACGCAAAGAUGAACAAUUAAAUUUCCUAAAGAAACGUGUAGAAGUCUUCGAGGAGUUACUACAGAACGGUAUGAUUCAAAGCGUUACCGUAGAUACCAAUCAAACAGACCCUCUUUUGCGGGUUUUGGACACUGUCGUUAUAAAAUUGGAAGGCGGCACCGAUGAAGAUCUUAAAAUUUUAGACGAAAAGCCUAAAGAGGCCUCUUAUCCUGAACGGAUAUUUGACAAGAAGGGAGAUGAUGAUGAUGUUAUUAUCACCUCGGUUGAAAAGAAGGAUGACGAUGAACCCAAGUGUGUCUCCCCCAAGGCCACAAGACGCCAUAGUGGCUCCGACAAUGAGGAAAAUUGGGACGAUGAUUCAAAAUCAAAGAAAGGCGAAAAGAAGAAAAAGUCUCUAAAAAGAAAACGCACAAGUUCAGAUUCUUCUUCGUCCUCAUCCUCCGAUUCAGAUUCUUCGAGUUCUUCCUCCAGCAGUGAGGAUGAAGCGGAUGACAAGGUUAAAAGUAAAUAUGAUUUAGAUGAUGUCAAAGAAGAUACUAAAGAAGAAGAGGAAGAAGAAAACAAGGAGAAGAAUGCUGAAGAACCUGAAAAGGUCAAGUCAGCCGAUGAGGAGACUGAAAAGAAAGCAGACAGCGACAAUGAAGAGAAAAAACUUGUCGAAAAUGGCAGUGAAGAGAAGGAAGAUCUUAAAGAAGAAACCGAAACAAAAUCCAAUGGCAAUGAUGCUGAUGGAGAUGCUAAAAUGGAGGAGGGGGAAGAGAACAAGAAGGAAGAAGAGUCAGAACAGAAGCCUGAUGUUAAAAAUGACGAGGAGGAUGAAAAGAAAGAGGCCGUCGAGACUGAAACCUCAGCGGAAGAUAAAAAAGCCAUAGAUGACGAACAGCCAGAGACAAUUGACUUGGACAAAGUCAAAGACGGUCCUCAGCCACGUGCUUUACAUCGCACCUCAUCAAUAUUUUUGCGGAACUUGGCUCCCUCUAUUACUAAAAGUGAAAUCGAGGCUGUUUGUCAGAAAUUCGAUGGCUUCCUCAGAGUAGCUAUUGCCGAUCCCUUGGUGGAACGCCGUUGGUAUCGUCGUGGUUGGGUCACCUUCAAACGUGAUGUAAACAUUAAGGAGAUCUGUUGGAAUUUGAAUAACACACGUCUACGAGACUGUGAAAUGGGCGCAAUUGUCAACAGAGACCUCAGUCGUCGGGUGAGGCCUGUGAAUGGCAUGACUGCCCAUAAAACUGUUGUGAGGGCCGACAUUAAGUUGUGUGCAAAAAUUGCCAUGAAUUUGGAUGAGAAGUUUAGACUUUGGCAAUCGUCCAAUGCCGAAAGCAAGGGCGAAGGUGGUAGUGGUGAAAAUAAUAGUACUGCUGAGAACACAACAGAUGCUCAUAAUACAUCCAACUCUUCAACGUACGGCUUCAAAACCAACAACCCAGUUUUACAGAACAUUACCGAUUUCCUUAUUGAGGAAGCCUCUGCCGAAGAGGAAGAACUCCUUGGCAUUUCCGGAGAAAACAAGGAGAGCGAAGGCGAAGCCAUUGAACGGGAUCCCCAAUUGAUUUCUGUUCUCGAUAAUCUGAUUUUGUAUUUGAGAAUUGUGCACUCAGUGGAUUUCUAUAACCACUGUGAAUACCCCUAUGAAGAUGAAAUGCCCAAUCGUUGCGGCAUUAUUCAUGCACGUGGACCCCCGCCGUCAAAAGUCUCGCAAAAUGACAUUCAAGAUUAUAUUAAGAAUUUCGAAAACAAAAUGCAAACAUUCUUGGCCAAGACAACGACAAUCGAGGAGGAGGAAUUGAAGAAUCUGGGAGCAAAGGAUGCUGAAAAUGAAGUGGAGAAAUUCAUACAGGCCAACACCCAAGAAUUGGCCAAAGACAAAUGGUUGUGUCCGUUGUCGGGCAAGAAAUUCAAAGGUCCCGAGUUCAUACGCAAACACAUAUUCAACAAACAUGGCGAGAAGGUGGAGGAAGUACGCAAGGAGGUGGAAUUCUUUAAUAACUACUUGAAGGAUCCCAAGAGGCCACAGUUACCAGAACAUCCUGGUAACAACAAGAGGACCACCUCAGAAUCCAGUGGAGGUUACAGAGCCCCUGUAUAUCCACCAGCUGCUUAUGCACCACCCUAUGCGGCAUAUGCGCCGCCGCUUAUGAUUCCAGGACGUGGAGGUCGUGGUUUUGGUGGUCCCGGACGAAGAGACUUGCCCAUAGAACAUCAACGUCGUAUUAUUGGUUAUCACGAUUUGGAUGCUCCGGCCAAUUUCGAUAUGUUUGAUUAGACAACAACAAGAAAAAGAACAUGAACAUGAACCGUUAUAACAACACCGACAACGACGAAAUGACCAUGACCAGUUUGUUGUUGUAAUCGAUGAUUGAUGUUAAGGCUAAAAGUUGUCGUCCUCCUCUCUUUUUGUUUUCUAUUUUAGACAAAAAAAAAAAAAAAAAAAAACAAAAUGUACGACCCAAUGCGCCUACUAUUCUAAACUUUGCAGUGUCUGUCUGUCUGUUUGUCUCACUACGUCAUUGUUUUGUUCUUUUACUUUAGUUUAGUUUAAUUUGAUUUAUUUUAUAUGUUUUGUGUUGUUUUUCUUUUUUAUUAUAAACAUUCGCAUUUGAAAUGGCAAGCGAAAGAGAAGAAAUACAUACCAUCUAAUUUAAAAUUUACCUUUAGCUAAUUACUUAUAAACGAAACGUACAUGCCCCCCACUCCCCUGAUUCUUUUAACUUGGCGUAUGUUAGUAAUUUGAAGAUUUUGUGUUGGAAAAUAUUAGUUGAACAUUGAACUAACCAUAUUAGCAAUAUAUACAUACAUAUAAACAUACUAUUAAACUAAACCAUAUUUUGUUAUUGAACUUUUGCAUAUUUUUUUUCUUCUUCCACAACAUCUUUUGUUUGCUUGCAGACCUGGUCAAGAGUUUCGUCAAAUAAUACAGUAUCGUGACUUGGAUGCUCCACAAGAUCCCAUUGAUAUGU